UACAAAAAUAGGACUCUCCACCGUGAAACCAAACCAAACAGGGCCUUACUCUCUUAUCAGAACCCUAGUUUUCUAUCUCGCGCUCUCACAUUCUCAUUCACCGCCGCAUCGUCGUCUUCAGAUCUAUCGCCGCUGUCAUCAAACCGCAGCUCUUUGACGCAUUCACCACCGUCUCCAAACCGCAGUAAACGAGUCUUCUCCACCGGAGUUUUUCCUGUUCAACCUGUUUUGUGAGAGGAAUACAAAUAAAGUGUUGCCAAAAUGAGGAUUAUGAUUAAGGGAGGUGUUUGGAAAAACACCGAGGAUGAAAUCCUGAAAGCUGCUGUUAUGAAAUAUGGUAAAAAUCAGUGGGCUCGUAUCUCGUCCCUACUUGUUCGCAAAUCUGCAAAACAGUGUAAAGCUCGUUGGUAUGAGUGGUUAGAUCCUUCCAUUAAGAAGACUGAGUGGACUCGAGAAGAGGAUGAGAAGCUACUUCAUCUUGCUAAGCUUAUGCCUACUCAGUGGAGAACCAUUGCUCCCAUUGUUGGUCGUACUCCUUCGCAGUGUCUUGAACGGUAUGAGAAACUCCUUGACACCGCUUGUGUUAAGGAUGAUAACUAUGAACCUGGUGAUGACCCUAGGAAAUUGCGUCCGGGGGAGAUUGAUCCGAAUCCUGAAUCGAAGCCUGCACGACCUGAUCCUGUUGAUAUGGAUGAGGACGAGAAGGAGAUGCUUUCCGAAGCACGUGCUCGGUUGGCUAACACGAAAGGUAAAAAAGCAAAAAGGAAAGCUAGGGAGAAACAGCUUGAGGAAGCAAGGAGGCUCGCUUCUUUACAGAAAAAGAGAGAACUGAAGGCUGCUGGGAUUGAUAUAAGGCAGCGGAGGAGGAAAAGGAGAGGGAUUGAUUAUAAUGCAGAAAUUCCGUUUGAGAAGAGGCCUCCUCCGGGUUAUUUUGAUGUUGCUGAUGAGGAUAGGGAGGUGGAGCAGCCUGCAUUCCCUACUACUAUUGAAGAACUUGAGGGGAAAAGAAGGAUUGAUGUUGAGGCACAGUUGAGAAAGCAAGACGUUGCAAGGAAUAAAAUUGCAGAGAGGCAAGAUGCCCCAGCUGCUAUUCUGCAUGCCAACAAGCUGAAUGACCCAGAAACAGUUAGAAAGAGAUCAAAACUGAUGCUUCCACCGCCUCAGAUUUCCGAUCAAGAAUUGGAUGAAAUUGCCAAGUUGGGUUAUGCCAGUGACCUUGUGGGCAGCGAGGAACUCACCGAAGGUAGCAGUGCUACCCGUGCUCUUCUCCCUAAUUAUCCACAGACACCCAACCAAGCCAAGACUCCUUUAAGAACUCCUCAGAGAACACCAGCUAGUAAAGGAGAUGCUAUCAUGAUGGAAGCUGAAAAUUUGGCCAGGCUGAGGGAGUCUCAGACACCACUUUUAGGAGGAGAAAACCCGGAGUUGCAUCCUUCAGAUUUCUCUGGGGUCACUCCUAAGAAAAAGGAAAUUCACACUCCAAACCCGCUGCUGACUCCCUCUGCAACCCCGGGAAGUGCAGGCCUUACUCCCAGAAGUGGUAUGACACCGGCAAGGGAUGGUUUUUCUUUUGGCAUGACUCCGAAGGGAACUCCUCUCAGGGAUGAGCUACAUAUCAAUGAAGAUAUGGAGAUGCGUGAUAGUGCUAAGCUCGAGCUACGGAGACAAGCUGAUAUGAAAAAAAGUCUGCGCUCUGGUUUAAGCAGCCUUCCACAGCCUAAAAAUGAGUACCAGAUAGUGAUGCAACCAAUUCAAGAAGAUGUUGAAGAGCCCGAGGAGAAGAUUGAAGAGGAUAUGUCUGAUAGAAUGGCUAGAGAAAAGGCAGAAGAAGAGGCGCGGCAGCAGGCAUUACUUAGAAAACGAUCAAAAGUCCUUCAAAGGGAACUUCCUAGGCCUCCUCCAGCAUCUCUGGAGCUUAUUAGGAACUCCUUGAUAAGAGCUGACGGAGACAAAAGUUCAUUUGUUCCACCAACCCCUAUUGAGCAAGCCGACGAGAUGAUAAGAAAGGAGCUUCUAGCCUUACUUGAGCAUGACAAUGCUAAGUAUCCGCUUGAAGAGAUAGCAAAUAAGGAGAGAAAGAAAGGAUCCAAACGAGCAGCAAAUGGGCCUGCUAUCCCUGUCAUAGAAGAUUAUCAGGAGGACGAGAUGAAAUCUGCUGAUCAAUUGAUAAAAGAUGAAGCCCAGUAUCUUCGUGAGGCAAUGGGGCAUGAAAAUGAUUCCCUCGAGGAAUUUGUUGAAGCACAUACAACUUGCAUUAAUGAUUUAAUGUACUUUGAUACCCGUAACGCUUAUGGUCUAUCAAGUGUUGCUGGAAAUGCAGAGAAGCUAGCAGCUUUGCAGAAUGAAUUUGAGAAUGUGAGAAGUAAGCUGGAUGACGGGAAGGAGAAGUUGAUUCGACUUGAGAAGAAGGUUACAACAUUCACGCAAGGGUAUGAGAUGAGAUCAAAAAAAGGUCUUUGGCCACAAAUCGAGGCCACUUUCAAGCAGAUGGACGUGGCUGCAACAGAAUUUGAGUGUUUUCAAGCUUUAAAAAAGCAGGAGCAGUCAGCAGCAUCACAUAGGAUAAACAAUCUUUGGUCUGAAGUUCAGAAGCAAAAGGAACUUGAGAAAAUUUUACAGAAGAGGUAUGGGGAUCUUACGACAGAGCUGGAAAGGACCCAAAAUGUAAUGGAGCACUUCAGGGUACAAGCACAACAGAAGGAAGAAAUUGAAGCCAAGAAUCAUGCACAAGAAGAGGUACAAGCACAGCAAAAGGAAGAAAUCGAAGCCAAGAAUCAUGCAAUAGAAGAGGUACAAGCACAACAGCAAGAAGAAACUGAAGCUAAGAAUCAUGUACUUGAGAGUACUGAAGCCACAGCUGAUGAAAUUAAUGUGCAGGGUACAGAAAAUAGUGAAGCGGUGCCCCUCUCAGCGGACCAGCAAAUAGCUACCAUGCAAGAUCAGGCUACUUCUAGCUCCAAAAUCGACAUGGAUGUGGAUUCUAGUGAAGCACAAAUGACAGACAGUACUGGUGUUACAUUGCCAGAUGCACCUGUUGCAGAGGAUGGGCAUUCAAAUGUUCUAGAAGACAAAAACGUUGAAAGUUAUAUUGAAAAUAGUGAGACUACAGUAGAUAUGAGUGCUGCGGUGGAAAUAAAAAGUAAUGAGGGAAAUGAGGAGGGUCAAGAUGUUGGGAAUCCAGAUGAGAUUAUGGAAGCUUCAAACCAACCUGAUAAUAGCAUAACUCCGCUUGAUGACAUGCAAGUUGCUGAUGGUAAAGGAGAUGAGGCAAAUUAGGCUGGAGAUUGUAUCAGCAAGUUCUAAUGUUAGAGUUUGUUGUGAUAUUAAACUGAAGAGUUGUUGCUCAGCCCAGAUAUCCGAAUGAAUUUGCAUGGAAAGUGGGUCUUUAUUUAUUGAAUGAUCAUAAGUAAAGGUUUGGAACGUUUUAUUUUGCCAAGUUUUGCCCUUGUUACUUUUCGGAGUGGAUGUUGGUGAUGAGCUCUGUUGGAUUCACUUAAUUAGAUUUGCUUGCACCAUGUCCUCUUAAAACUCCUUUUAGAUGGGGUAAACUAUCAACAACUCUGAAUUUCCUAAUGUACUUUUUGGUCGAUUGAGCUUUGCAUAAGUAUGCCUGAUUGUUGAAUGGUCCUGACACACCUAUAGACUUUCCAUAAUAUUCUUCUCAUGAUAGACAAAAAAAAACACUAAUUAUACAUGUCAAAUGUAUUUAUGUAUGUUUUGUAUGAAAUAUUGCGCGAUUAAAAAA